AAUAACCAAUAAACACAUACACCACUGCGGACAAGUGGUGACUUAGCAAUCUCGCCUUCGUUGCAAGGUGGUUGGAGCAUUAGCGGUCUUAACCUUUGCAGCUCGUGUCCAUGCGACCUGAAGUACCAGAGUUAUAAGGUAUUUUAACCCAAGACUGAUCUGUUAUACCAGCUGCAUUUAUAUAGUAUUUUUCAGUGCUGGAUUUUAUUUUAACUGGUGGUAAGCUGUUUCAUUGAUUAUAAGCUCGCAAUUGUGUUUCCUGCAGCUUGUUUUACUCUGAAUAAUCGUAAAUGAAGAAUUUGGAUUUCAUCCGACUUGUUGACAGAGGAUGCAUAAUUUGUGAAAUAUAGGAGGUAUCAUGUUACGGAAGUAGUCAAUAAACUACCUGUUCUGUUGAGUGGAUCAUCCUAUUGUGAUGAACAAAUUAAUUGAAUGUUAAUGGCUACCGGUAUAUACAGUAUAUGUAGCUAUUCACCAUUACCUAGAGCUAAACCAUAUUGUAAUUGCAAUUGAAAAGCAGCUUUAAAAUAUGUACUGUACUCAUAAUGAGAAGGCCUGCUGUUUUUCGUAGCUACCGGUUUCACCAAAGCUACUGUAUAUAAUCAAUACCAUGCCGGUUGAACUACAAUGAAUUUGACCAAAUUCCGUGCCAAUUGAAGUGCAUCAUUGACGUUGGUUAUAUGUACAUUUGUAUCCAUGACCAAUAUGCAUCCAGACCAGCUAAAUGCAUUUAAAAAUGGAAUCAAGUUGGUCGCAUAUUGUAAGUAAUGGCAAUAAUGAAAAAGAUGAAGAGGAGGAUGAUGACAGCUCUUCCACUUCAACAUUAGUGGCGGAAGAGUCUUUGGAACAUUUAAUAACUUUAUGUUCAGAGAGGAUGGUGCAAAUGAAAAAGACCUAUAAUGAUGUAGACGCUGUCACCAAGUUACUGGAUGAGAAAGAGAAGGAUCUAGAAUUGGCUGCAAAGAUUGGCCAGACAUUGCUGCUACAGAAUAAAAGCCUAGAAGAUAAGUUAAACACGAGUGAUGAACGACUAACGGUGAUCACAGACCAGAAUACGCAGCUUCGACAUGAAAUGAAAUUGAAAGAACAGCUUCUUCAGAUCUAUACUAAUGACAUAACGUACAAUGACAGUGAAGAUGAAUUGCAAGAGGAGCGUAAAUCGUAUCAUUUUCAGUUUAUCGACGUGGAUACGCUGCAAAAGAAAGUACGCAGUUUGGAAGAACAGAAUCUGGAGCUUAGAAUGGAAUCAACCAACUUAAAAAGUUAUGCCGAAACAAUUGAAGAGAAGGAAAAGGAGCUAAUGCAAGAUUGCGUUUACGAAUUAGCUGAAGAACGUACUAGGAAUGCUGUUUUAAUGGAUGAAUUGAGUCAGAAGAUAGAUGAAUGUUACAAACAACAGGAUGAAGUCACAAGGCUGUUAGCCCAGAUUGUCACAUUACAGCAAAAAAACAAAAAGUUUACAAUAGAGAAUGAAGAACUGACUCAUCAUCUUGCCGCUGCUAAAGAUGCUCAAAAUGAACUGACAAUAGAGUUGAGUGAGCUAAGGGAGAAAUAUGAUGAAUGUCAUCAUAUGCUACUCGAAGCACAAGAAGAAGCGAAGGAAAUCCACCGACGUUCAUUACCACAAGGUGCUGUUCCCAACUUUGGAGUGAUGAAUCCGUACUUCCCAAUUCCAUCGGAUUCUUUAGCAGCCGAACUUGUGAACACAGUGGAGCAACAGCUGGGGCAAGACCCUCGUCUAAUGGGGCGUGGAAAGAAAGAGUACAAUGAGAGUGUAAUGAAGACGGUGAAAGCAGUUAAGAGUCGGGCUGGAAGUGGCACUGGCUUGGACUUUGGUACACCACCGAUGAACCAAAGUACACGAUCUUCCCCAAGCAGCUCAGUUAUCUCGCUCGCUGGAUCUGAAGUCAGCGAAAAUUACAUGGGCGAUAAUGAAUCUGUAACAGGGGUCACUCCAGUACGGUAUAAAAAUCGCAGUGAGGUAGGAGAGGCCAGUAUUCCUGGCUCCAACGAUCUUGAAACUGCCAUCAAACGUCUUUCACUUCGGCGCCAGAACAAGGAUGCCGAGCGUAAGUAUGCAGCAUAUGAACGACGCAAGACAACAGUAAUAGAAUCUGAAUCUGACGGUGAAGGAAUGUUAACGCCACGUUGUCACACACCAGAUAGUGCAAUCUCUGGGGACAGCUUCUCCGCAAUCUCCAGCUUUUCUGGUGUAGGUCUCGGUUUUAGAAGACCAGAAAAAUUGCAGAUUGUCAAACCAAUGGAAGGAUCUUUAACUCUGUACCAAUGGCAGAGAUUGGCAACACCUCACAUGGCCAGUAUGCUUGACCAACGACCUGGUGUUGUGGUCAAAGGCUUCCGUGAAAUCAAACAAGAGAAAGUGAUGUUUGCCCUUGAUGAUGUUGAAGAUGAUGGACAAGUUGUGUCAAACUCGACAAUUCCCAGCAAGUGCUACACUUUUUCUGAACCAACUUACACGUACACAACAAGCAAUAUCAACCUGCUGGAUAACACAACUGUCACACCAAGUACGAUUGGAACAACACCGAGUAUUUCAUUUAGCAUGCCAAAAAGAAGUAGCUUUAUUGGUAGCAGAGCAAGUUCUACAUUUAGCCAAUCCCUCGGAUUGGCAUCGGUACUCCAAGAGCGAGGUGCUAGGAUUGAGCACAGAAACAGUGAUCCGAAAAUUGAUCAACUCGAAAUAAAUCCGCCGAACAUUAAAUCACAUUCUUUAUCAUCCAAAAUUAAACCACCUUCUACUCCAAAGAAAGAGACUGGGUUAAAUUUCUUGGCAGAGAACCCUAACCCAUCGCCUAUACAUAUCCCAGGUAAACCAGGGCCACGAGUGCAUCGAGUAAAGAGCGGAAUAUACUCAAAACGGGCUUCAUCAUCAACAUCAAAGGUUGGAACUACAUCCACCUUCACUACGACAACUGCACAUCAAUCUGCGGGGAUCGGAUUCAUGUCAAAACUCCGGAGCUUUGGUGGAUUUGGAGGCAGAAUGCAUACGUCAACAGGAACAACUAUGUCCACCUUUAGCCAGAGGUCAUCUGUUAUGAUGACCACAAGCGUUCAGUCCAGCCCACAGAAAAGCAAGCCUCCAGAAGCGGGAAACCCAGACUCAGAGUGCGAUAAUUUACCGGGCAUGCAACCAGGAUUGUCGCUGCUAACGAACAAUACCAAAUCUGGAAUUUUCAGAAGGAGCGGCACAAUAUUAUAGCAAUAAUCUUAAUUUGAAAUGCUGUACACUAUGCAAAGAUCAUUGGUACCCAAACAGAUGUCUGGGUAGGGAAAAUAUUGGUUUGUAAAAUUAUGUAAUUUUCUUUGAAAACAAUUUGCAUAUGUGUAAUAACAAUUGGUUUUAAUUAAUUCUCAAGCAUUAAUCCAUCAAGUAGACAGGGCAUGUACUCAGUAAAAUUAAUUAUCUCCGCAUCAAAUUGGGGAAAAUCAAUUGUUCAAUAAAUUAGAGAGGUUUUGUGACCUGGUUUUUACCUAGAGCAGUGUGUGUAUAGUGAUUGUAGGUGUAGACAUAUCCCAAGUCGUACAUUGCUCAUUUAUUUAAAAAUCGUUGACUUGAUCUAAAACCAUAUUGAACAAGAAUCUUCCAUCAGAAUAAAUUCUUACUUGCAUACAUUCUAGUUUAUCAUGUUUAGUGGACAGAAAACAUUAAGUAAAAUUCUGUACCAGUUGGAAUUACUUUCUUUAUAUACUGUAAACUUUAUUAUUUACAUAAGACACUCUCACUGAUUGUGGUACGGAUAUAUUUUGACCAUAGUGCCCUUUUGGUAUAUCAAGUUGGUAAACAAUCUAGCCAGUCCUACACCAGCUGCAGAUAAUCAUCAGAUAAAAUCAUAUCAUAUCAACAACCACAACAAUGAAAGUUACAAACUGUAUUUAUAGUUUAAAUCAUGAUACCUUUUUUGAAAAUAAAUGAAGUACCACUAAUCACCGAAACCCCAGCUUUAAAAAGUAAUGCUAACUAAGCACAUCCUUCAACUGGCAUCACGACUGGCAAUUUAAUAUUAAAAAUGGAAUUGAGUGAUUCACCCAACCACUGAUGUGUAGUGCUUCCAUAUCCUACUGCCAUUAGCAGUUGUUGGUGUCCAUAACUAUGGAAAAUUUUUUAUAUAUGAUGUACAUUUAUUGUGGGAGGGGGGUGUUAUGUGGGGUGUUUAUGGGUGUGUGUUUUUAUUUACUUUUUUUCUCCUCUGAAAGGCUAUUGUUUGAAAAUGCAACAUCUUACUCUUCUCUAAUGGAUUCUUGAUCUCAAUUUCAUUUUGCUGAAAGCUAAAGCUUUUAAUUUUUUUAUAUGAAAAAGCAAUAUUUUAAUGUGGUUAAAUAAAAAUAUUCUAACUAUGGUGUUUUCCAAAUCAGUGUAAAGUGUCUUGAUUGCUAAUUGCAUUCAUAUUCUUUAUUUUUUUUAUCAUGAGCUACACAACAUUUUAUGACAAAUAUUUCAAUGUUUGAUUAAAAACAACAUUUUAAAAAACUUAGGUACUAAUAUUUUUGUUUAAGUGUGUAGGUGCACACUCUGGAUGUACGAUUUCUUGGUAUUUUAUGCUUAAUUUUAGUCUUUUAAGAUGAAAUUUUUUAGCUAAUGGAUUACCUCUAAAUACUGCAGGUGGAUUUAUCAUUCCUAAUGUAUCAGACCAUUUUCAAAAUGAUGAUUAGUAUUUAAAGUUAAGGUGUUGAUCAGUAGUGACAAUGGUAAGCAUUACAUUGGCCUAUGUAGGUGUGUGUUAGGGCUAUUUACAUGUGUGUUACAUGUAUCUUAGCCUAUAAGAAUGCAAGGGGGAGAGACCAUGUGGAGAGCCCACAACCCCCAGAUGGGUUCCAGGGGGAAAAUUCCUGGAAGCUCUGACAAUUUAGAGAUUUCAAAGAAUUUUAUGUCAAUUUUAGAGUCUCAAUCUAUAAAAUCUACAUAGGAAGAUCAGUUUUCCCCAACAAAUUAUGUCAAGCUGUCCAACUGUGGGAGGGGAAGCUUUUUUUGGCAUCCCCUUUCCCACUGGCAUUGCUGAAUUAAGGUUAUGAAUAUGCAUUAGGCUUACAAUGGUAUUUUGGCCUGCUCAAUCAAUCAAUCUAAAUAACUUGAAUGUCAAAUUCCAUCACAGAGAAUAAUGUUCCAUAGAACUCAUUGAUGGUGUUAUAAUUACACAUAAUUUAUAUCUUAUUUCUAAAUAUAAAUAUGUUCAACUUGUAUAUUUUAUAUUAGUUGUGUUAGCCCUAUAAAGAUAUAUUAAGUCUGUGUAUGUCUUUGGCCUAUGGAUGCAUCUGAAGCAUAGACAUCUUAUGCCAGGCAUAAAGCUGUAAAAUUAUAAUGAUGUGAUUAUCUCACCUAUCAAGUGCAAUAUAAUUUACCAAGUACUAAUGUACUGUAUGAAGUGGUUAUUGCAUUUAAUACUCUAAAUCCUGAAUUAUUAUAAUUAUUAUUAUUGUUAUUAUUAUUUUUAUUAUUAUUAUUAAUAUUAUUAUUGUUAUUAUCAUUAUUAUUAAGUACUAAGUAUUUAGUACAGUAAGUUUAUAAUGUGUGCAACAUCUACUUGUAUUAGAAAGCAAUAUCUUGAAUAAGUUUGAACAAGGAGUUAUUUACAGUAGAUAACUUUCUGGUUUGAAGAUACCGUAUCGUGCGUAAUAACAAUAAUUUAAACAUAACACAACCAAAUAUUGAUAAUUCCGCAACAUUUCGGUUACUUUUGCUUUUAUAUUUUCUUUAAAUUGUGAAAUUAGGUAUCAAUGCUAGAGCACUGCCAAAUGCUGAUACAGAUUAUUUUUUAAUGCAUUUAAAAGUGUUCAUCUUUUUUACUGUGUUCCCAGCAUUCUGAGCAUAUUAAUUUACCUGCUGUUGCUUUCAUCAUGUGCUUGUUCUGUAGUAGAAACAUAAUCAUAUAUCCCUUCAUAAUAUGCUAUCUGUAAUUUUGUAUAAGUAACACACAGCCCUGACGAAAUGUAUCUACCAGAUUGGCCCGAUUUCUGGUGUAAAUGCGUUAUUGAACCGGCUGUAUGUAUAUAUUUAUAUUUCGUUUUUCUUAAUUCUGUGUGUAUGUGUGUGCUGUAAGUCAAAAGCCAGAUUGGGAGUUUUUAUGUCAUUGUUAAAAUCGGAGCUAUAGCUUCAUGGUUACAAACCAUAUUAUUUUAUUUUGUUAUUUUGUAUUUAUUUUUGUAAGUUACCAUGAACAAUCUUUGGUUUAUUUAGUAUCAAAGUAAAUUGCUAACCAAUGUUGAAUUUCAGUGCGUCAGUGAGAGAGGGCAACAAAGUCUGUAAUUCAAUAUAGUUGUAUAUCUUAUGAUUAGUAUAUCUAGAAUAUAUCUUAUACAAGUAUCUUAAAUGAGAGAAGACUUGUAGGCCUCUUAAAAACUGAAAGAUGCAAUUUGUACCGUUUCGAUUUUAAUGAAUAUAAUGACGUCACAUACCGACGACGUAAACAGCGGUAGGCUGCAGUAGAUCUGGAUCACGGCAUUUAUCGUGCUGAUAACUUUCAGUGAUUUGCCAUUUUGUCCCUGUCACAAUUCUAUAGCUCAGCUGAUCUCGUCUGGUGGUUUUCAUUAUAAAUGAUUCCCCUAUAUUUUUAGUACGAAAUGGUAUGGUCCCUUUAAAAUGGGAAGGGGAAACUUGGAUGAUUCUUUGCAUAAAUUGACGUUUGAACAAGUUGUGGUAAAUUUUGAAUAUAUUUAAUUAUUUACGUAUAUAGUACUGCGGAUUUUUAUCUUGGCCAAAUGCCAGUUUUAUGGUGGCUCACGAUGUAAGCUUGUGCCGAUCACAAUGUGAUUCGUAACUAAUUUGUAAAUAGAUUGCAUGGGUAGAGGGCGCUGUCAAGAUGACGUUACAGUAAUAAAAUGCCGAAAAAAUUA